CCCUUUUUACAUGUGAAAUGUUUGAUAGCGGUACUGGGUACAGCGGCAGCACUUUAGUCAAAAUCGUUUCGAUUUUGCUUCGAAGAACUCGUUGUUUUGUUUAUGUUCAUCUUUAAUUACUCUUAGUAAAUCAUUUAAUUCUUACGGGAAGCCAACAAACGUAAUUUCAUGUUUCAAUAAAGAGAGACCAUUGGUGCUCGUUUAAUUGGACAAAACGUUUGGUAAGGAAGCUAUAGCAAUCAUGUUGGAGUUACAACAAGACAUCCCUAAAUUGAAGAGUGAACGUGCAGUAUCAAACAGCACUGUUCAAGAAGAUGCAGGUAACAAUGGUAAUAGUUACGAUCUUGUAUUUCCGGCAUUACCAGAUUCAAAGAUUAUGGGUUCCAAAAACAUUGGAGUCAAUGGCCAUGUUGCACCAUCAAAUCCUCCUCAAAAGGGAUGGAGUUCAAAAGUUCGAAUUUCUACCGUGAAUCAGGUGUUCACUAUUUCUGUACAAGACCGUAAAUCUGAUAAUAGUGAAAAGUUUGGCGAAGGAGAAUCAAAACGUAUAUGUAGCCAAAUCACAAGAGAAACUGGGGCUGAAAUUGAAAUUUCGACAUCUAAAAACAUGAACUUGACUUUUUUGGUGAGAGGUAAAGAAGCUGAUGUUGUGGAAGCUAAGCGUAGAAUUAUUGCUAGUUUUCAAACUCAAGCUACUAGUGCUGUACCUGUGCCUAAAGAACAUCAUUGUCAAGUUAUGGGAAAACAAGGAGCUCGACGAAAAGAAAUUGAACAACGAACUGGUGCGCGUAUUCAAAUGCCUAGUAUUCAAGAUACAUCGGAUAUCAUUAAUGUUACUGGAACUCGAGAUGCUGUUGAAAAAGCUGUUCAAGAAAUACGUAUGAUUUCAGAUGAGCUGUCUAAAAAAGCAUUUGAAAAAAUUGAAAUUCCCAAAAUUUACCAUCCAUUUAUCACGGGAGGUCAUAAUGAAAGUCUAAACAAUUUGAUGAAAGAAGCUGGUGUAAAAAUCCAUGUUCCUCCACCUUCUGUUGCUAGAGAUGAAAUCACAGUAGCUGGAGAUAAAGAAGGUGUACAAAUGGCUAUUGAAAGAAUUAAAAAAAUUUAUGAGAAAAUGGAAAAAGAGUCUGCCACUGUUUUUGUUGAAAUACCCAAACAAAAACACAAGUAUUUAAUGGCACAAAAAGGAAAUGCAAUUCAAGAUAUUUUAUUGGAAACAAAUGUGAGUGUAGAAAUGCCUCAACAAGAUUCUGAUAAGGAAACUGUUACUUUAAGAGGACUUUACAAAGAUUUAGGAACUGGAUUAACCAAACUAUAUGAAAAAGCUAAUAGCAUGACUUCUGAAACUAUAGAGUGUCCUGGAUGGAUGCAUAGAUUUUUAAUUGGUAAAAAUGGAUCAAAUUUAAGAGAAUUGAUUGAAGACAAUGAAAAAGUACAUGUUGAAUUUUCUGAUGACAACAAAAUUAUUGUUGAAGGACCAACAAAUAUGAUUCCUAAAGUAAUAGAUUCAUUAAAAAAAGCAAUUGCUUGUUAUACCUCUUCUGAACUUGUAGUUGACCCCAAGUUUUUCAAACAUAUUAUUGGCAAAAAUGGAAGCAACAUUAACAGAGUGAAAAAUGAUACUGGUGUACUUAUUAAUAUAUCAGAAUGUGAUAAUAGUACUAAUAUCAUAAGAAUUGAAGGACGUAAAGAUGGAGUAGAAGCUGCUAAACAUGAAUUGCAAGAAAUGAUUUUUAAGUUGGAAAAUGAAGUCGAGAAAGAAAUAUCUAUUGAUCAACGACAUCAUCGUGCCAUAAUUGGUGUUAAAGGUGAAAAAGUUCGAGAACUUCAAGAUCAAUUUAAUGUUCAAAUAACAUUCCCUAGUUCAGUUGAAACAAAAAGUAAUUUAGUUAAAAUUCGAGGACUGAAGGAUGAUGUAAACAAAGCUUUUAAAUCACUAACUAAGUUGUCCAAAGAACUAGAUGACUCAAAUUAUAUCAUGGAGAUUCCUGUGUUCAAACAAUUUCAUAAAUUAGUUGUUGGUAAAGGAGGAGCUAAUAUAAAAAAAAUUCGUGAAGAAACUGAUACAAGAAUAGAUUUACCACGAGAAGGUGAAGAUAGUGAUGCUAUAAAAGUUAUGGGAAGUAAAGAAAAGGUUUUGAUUGCUUGUGAAAUGAUAAAGAAAAUUCAAAAUGAAAUGGGAGAUAUUUUAACUAAAGAGAUAUCUUUGGGAAAUGUUAAAGUACGAAAUGUUAUUGUUAAUUUGGGUAAUAAAUUUAUUCAAUCUAUUAAAGAAGAUUGUGGUGGUAAUGUAACUCUAAAAUUGCCAGUAGUCAAGGGUGAUAAUAUUAUAGUUAUCAAAGGUCCUGAAGAAGAUGUUGAUAAUGCCAUUGCACAAAUUCAAACAAUGGUAGAUGAAGUUCAUAGUUAUGUUUUAGACCUAAAAGUUAAACCUGAAUUCCAUAAGUAUCUUAUUGGAAAAAAACGUUCCAAUGUUAACAGGAUUCGAGAUAUGAGUCAUACAAGAAUUAUUUUCCCCCCUGAAACUGAUUCAACAAAUGAAAAUAUUACAAUAGUUGGUAAAAAAGAAAAUGUGGAAAAAGCUAAAGCAGAACUAGAAGUUAUGAUUACUGAUAUUAGUAAUGUUAUUGAAGACCGUGUUGAAAUAAAUGAAAAGUACCAUAAAAGUUUUGUUGCCAAAAGAGGAGAAUUUUUGCACAAGUUAGAAGAAGAAUGUGGUGGUGUUAAGAUAUCAUUUCCAAAACCAGGAGCUGGUGAUAAAGUUAUUCUCAAAGGUAGCAAAGCAAAUGUUGCAUUGGCAAAACAAAAAUUACUGGAUCAUGUUAAAGUUUUGGAAAACACUGUUCAAGUUGAAGUUAAUGUUGAUCCAAAGUAUCAUCGUCAUUUUGUUGCAAGAAGAGGUGAAAUCAUAAACCGCAUAAUUGAUGAUUGCAAUGGAGUAUCAAUAACAUUCCCUAAAGUUGCAACUAAUGAUAGUGUUGUCAUUAUCAAAGGUGAUAAGAGUAAUGCUGAGGAAGCCAAACGAAAAAUUGAGGAAAUUGUUAAGGAUUUGGCAAAUAUUGUUGAAAUUACAAUGGAAGUGCCUCCAAAACACCAUCGGCACUUUGUUGCUCGACGUGCUGAAGUAAUUAAUCAAAUAAGUGCUGAUUAUAAUGGUGUUACUGUAACAUUCCCUCAAGUAAAUUCUAAUUCUAGUGAAGUGUUAAUUAAAGGCCAUAAGAAUUUUGUUGAAAAAGUGAAAAAGAAGAUAAAUGAUAUAGUCACUGAUUUAGAACAACGUAUUACAAUUGAAGUAAUCAUACCUCAAAGAAUGCAUAGAAUAUUGAUGAGAAAUCGUGAUUUAUUAGAUAGUUUGAGAAAAGAUUUGGAUGUAUGGAUUAAAUUCCCUGAAAGACCAUUAGAAGAUCAAUACAAUCGAGAACAAGAAGAUGCUAAUGGCGAAGAAGAUGAAAACCGUCCACCUAGUGUAAAUGAUGUAGUUACUAUUUUUGGUAAACCUGAAAAUUGUGAAAAAGCAAAGCAGACAUUAAUAAAUAAUAUACCUAAGUCUAUUGAUUUAAAUGUACCUGCUGAAUAUCAUAGAGCUUUAAUUGGAUCUAAAGGUGCAACUAUCAGAAAAUUAAGUGAAGAUUACAAUGUUCAAAUUAAAGUUCCAAAUCAAGAUCAAAAUGCUGAUAUCAUUAAAAUUACUGGUGUUCAAAAAGAUAUAGAUGAGGUUGUUGCAGCUAUUAAAGAGGAAAUGAGAUUAUAUGAUGUUGACAAAGAAGAUAGACAGUUACGUUCGUAUGAAAUUCAGAUGGUUAUUGAAUCUGAAUUCCAUCCAAUGAUAAUUGGAAAAAAAGGAGAAACUGUACGGAAUUUACGCAAUAAAUAUGGUGUACAAGUAAAUCUUCCUAGAAGAGGUGAAGGUAAUAAUGAAAAUACUGUAACUGUUGUUGGUUAUAAAGAAAGUGCUGAAAAAGCAAGAGAUGAAAUACAAGAAAUGGUUGAUAAACUUAAAAAUGUCUACAAAGAAGAAAUUUUCAUUGAUAGUAGAAUUCAUUCAAGAUUAAUAGGAUUUAGGGGUCGUAAUAUAUCUCAAAUAAUGGAUAAAUUCCAUGUUGAUAUCAGAUUUGCAAAAUCAGACAGUAGUAAUCCUAAUCUUGUUACAGUCUAUGCUCGUGAUGAUGCUUCACAAGAUGAUGUUCUGGAUUGUGUUGAUCACUUGGAAAUGAUUACCCAAGACUAUCUGGAUGAUUAUCUAGAAAAUGAAGCAAGAGCAAGUUUGAAACCAAAAACUGAUAAACAAUCAGUUCCUAAUGGUACAUCAAAUAAUAGCUCAGGUGGCCCUGGAUUUGUAAUGGCUAAUGGUGCUCCUUGGGAAAAAGCUCAUCCUGAUACAAAUAGUACUAGAGACUUCCCAUCAUUUGCAGGAAUUGCCAAUAACUCUGGCUCUGAAAAAUCUUCUGCGCCAAGCUGGGGAAACGGGCGUCGUUAGUUGCAAUCCAUUCAUAUAAUUGUUUCCAAUUAUAAAUUUUUUUUUUUUUUGCUAUUUUAAUGAAAUAAAUUUUUAUAGUGUCUGGAUGCCACUAACUGAAAUUAUUAUUCUUCAUAAAAUUACAAUUAUAUAUUUUAAGAAUAGAUUAAUGUUUUGAUGAAAAAUAUGUGUUAUUAAACAUUAAAAAUAUAUAUGUUUAUAUAUAUAUAUAUAUUGAAAUAUUAGAUGGAAAAAUCUAUAUUUUCCAGGCUGUGAAGAAUUAUGCUGUAUAAAAUUAUAGAUUAUAACCAUUUUGGGUCUCAUUUUCUCUUGUAUCCGCUAUACUCUUUUUAUAACAGAUAAUCAUAUUAACUGAAGUGUUUUAGUGUAUGGUUUCAUAUAUAUUAAUGUAAUGAUAUGUCUAAACAAUGUUAACAAAUUUGUUAUGCCCCCCGUGUUACAUUAUUAUUAUUUUUUUGUUUUAAACUUUAAAAUGAAUUAUUUUUCCUUUUGGAAAUUACAUUUAUAAAAAUAAUAUUUAUACAAACAUCUAGUGAUAUACAAAUAAUUUUUGUAUAAUA